CCACAUUCUGCUGUCUCCGAUUUCAGCAAGUAUGUAAAUGUCAUACCUUUAUUUUACGAAUUUUUACGUUCAACACGGUUCGCGUUAUAUUUUCACGAUAGCUCGUGUGUUUCGUGUCGGUUUCCGUUACAUAAAGUUAGUGAUGUCGGCACCGAGGGCUCAUAACCUCCGCGCGGCGCGCGCUCGCUGCAUCACGUAACGACGGGAGUGCCCUGAUGGUGAGAAGAAGCGAAAUGGUGCUGAGUACCGAGUGGGCGCAGGUUGAAGUUGUCGAUCUCACUAACGAUGGCAACGGUCUCGGGUUUAACCUGGUAGGCGGGCGGAGCACUGGAGUUGUCAUCAAGUACGUGCUGCCUGGCGGCGUAGCGGACAAGGACGGGCGCCUGCAGAGCGGAGACCACGUUCUGCAGGUGGGGUCGGUCAACCUCCGCGGCUUCACGUCCGAACAGGUGGCCGCCGUGCUGCGCCAGUCCGGGCCGGCCGUGCGCCUGCUGGUGGCGCGCCCGGCGGACCCCGCGGCAGCGCUGCGAGCCCCGCUGCCCGGCACGGCGCUGGUACCCACUAAGAUCCUCGGGGACCCAGAGCUUCUCGACCGGCACCUCAUAGAGACUGGCUAUGGUGCUGUGUACGACUUGUCUCAAUGUUUCACUGACUACAUCAACAGCCAGAAUGGCAAUUGUGCAAUUGAGCCCAGCAUGGUGGCUGCAGCUGUGAGUGUAAUUGGUGACAACCCCCAGCAGAUACCUGACCACCCCAUCAUAUCUGAUGCUGUCUCACCCACCAUCACCAUCACAGUGCCUGUUGAGAUCCCCAACCAGCCUGAGAUAGAAAUAGUGAAUGUGGAUUUAAACAAGAAUGUCUAUGGUCUAGGUAUAACCGUGGCUGGGUAUGUGUGUGAGAAAGAGGAACUCUCCGGAAUAUUUGUGAAAAGUAUUAUUGAGGGCAGCAGUGCUGAACAAAGUGGUAAAAUUAAGAUUAAUGAUAGAAUUAUAGAAGUUGAUGGAUUAUCCUUAGCGGAUAAAACCAACCCACAGGCAGUAGAGAUAUUAAGAAAUACAGGCAUAUCUGUGCACUUAGUAUUAGAGAGAUACUUGAGAGGUCCAAAGUUUGAGCAUCUGCAGCUAGCUAUAUUUAAUGAGGAGCGUCCUGCAUCGCCAUCCCCAACCACCACAACCUUAUCCUGGUUCCCAGUGCCUUCCCAUGCAGAGAAUAGUACAGUAGAAAUAGAACCUGAGCCUGAAUCUAACACAACCAUUGACUCUGGUGUUUUAGAAGUUGGUGACAUACAAGACGAGCCAACACAAGAAGAGUUGGACAGAAGAUUUGAUGAGAUAUUAUCUGUUGAUGAAGAGGAGAUAAAGAAGAAGUGGGAGAGUGAAGUAGGGCCUGAUAAAGAGAUCCUAGUGGCACAAGUGAGCAAGCUUGAAGGACUUGGUAUUAGUCUAGAAGGCACAGUUGAUGUUGAAGGAGGUCAGGAGGUCAGACCUCACCACUAUAUUAGGUCUGUGCUACCUGAAGGCCCUGUUGGCCAGGAGGGCAGUCUGUCAGCUGGUGAUGAGCUUUUAGAAGCAAAUGAGUACAGGCUACAUGGCCUAACUCAUACUGAAGUUGUUAAUAUCUUAAAAAAGCUUCCAAAUAGAGUAAGAUUGGUUGUUGCACGCAGUAGCAUAGACAGUGGUCCACGCCCACUCAUUAACCUGGCACCUGACAGAGAAGGCUUUGAAGCAAGAAAGAUUAUCUCUGGCAGUUUGAAUAACUUAACAACCCUAGUUAAAGCUCAAUCAGACACCUCAAUCAACACAUCCAGUACUGCAACACUCACCAACCACUCCGGACACUCUAAGAAGUCUCGAUCCCUGGAGUGUGUGUCAGGCUUAGCCAUGUGGCAGAGCAAGGAAGAUAUUGUAGAGCUUGUCAAAGGUGACCAAGGUUUGGGAUUCUCGAUUUUGGACUACCAAGAUCCUGUAGAUCCUCAGGGAACAGUUAUAGUGGUCCGAAGUUUGGUCCCUGGUGGUGUAGCUGAGAAACUUGGCGAGAUCGCGCCAGGAGAUAGAGUGAUGUCGGUAAACGGAGUCAGUAUUAAAAAUGCGACCCUCGACCAAGCUGUGCAGGCGUUGAAGGGUGCUCCGCGGGGCGUCGUGAAGGUGGGGGUGGCGCGGCCGCUGCCUCCCCAAGAAUCUAAGUCAAAAAGCACAACAACUCUGAACACAAAACCAAGUUAAUUGUCACCUGCUGGUGAUACCUGAUCUAGUCAUGUUGAGUCAUAUCUGUAAGCUUUAGGGUCUACAUAUCGUGUAGAGUAGAGGUUGCUGGCAGGGUCUCACAUACUGUAUAAUAUCUAAUUAAUCAGCCUGUUUCAAAUCCUCCAUUUAUAAUGCUGAUGAUAGAUAUUUUUCUUAUCAAUAGCAAUAGCAACUAUUAAAUGCUAAUUUUCAUAUGGUCAAAGAAAGGUUAUCUUAAAUUACAUUCUAUUUAUUACUAAAUUGUGUUACUAUCUAUGAUUCCCUUCACUAUAUGGUAUGUUAGGCUCUACCAAGGAUUGUUAGGAAGGCUGUAGACAUAAAUUCACAGAGAAUUCACGACAGAGCUCAAAACUCGUAUGAUACAAUAAUAAUUAACGCUUUACUAGAUAAAUAGUAUUAAAUAAGACACACACAUGUCAUUUUAAAUGCACUAUUUUACAAGAACUACACUCUUAGAGACUUGGAUUUUUGUAAACAAUAGAAUUUAGAACAAGCUACAGUGCAGUCUGAUACACAUUUCUUUUUACAAUAAUUUUCUACACAUAAAACUGUGCUGCGUUUCUUGCCAAUAAAAUAUACUGUUCAACAAAGUUCAACAAUCAUUCAAGUCUUUAAAAGCUGUUUUAAGUACCUACUUAUAAUAAUUUUACACAAGAAAUGUUCCCUGUAUUGGACAAUCUUUUUUUACUAUAGAUUGUAAUAUCACUAUAAUGUAGAUAUUUACCUAAGGGAGCAAUUAUAUAAAGUAAAAGUUUAUGUAAAUACAUAUAUUUGAAUCUCACAACACUUGCAUUGGAUAGUAUUAAUGUAUUAUGUAUAAAUAUAUAAUUAUUAUGAAAAAAUUGUGGAUUUGAUUGAGAAUUGAGUUCUUAAAUCUUUUGUAAAAAUGUAUUAUUAUUUUGUAAGUAAUGUAUAGUUUGCAGGUAUCUAAGGACAUUGCCUGAUACUGAGGAUAUUUCCGCACAAUAUUUCUUAGUAUUUCAGUAAAAAUAUAAUUUUAAUAAACACAGUUUUUUUAUGGUUUACAGUGGUAUGUCCUUAGACUACAAGUAAGCAUUUCUGUAUGUAUGUAAGAUAAGCACUAAAACUAGGUGAGCACAUGUGAUAUGAGUGAAUUAUAUAUAUGUACUCUAACAAUAACCCUUUCAUUAUAACGAAGACAGACUUAAUUGGUAUAGGAACUUUUGUUACUAUUCUAUACUUACUUAAAAUCUGUCGAGACCAUGUCAUAUAAUUAUACCAUAUUAUGUGUCAUAUAAUUCAUAAUAUUGUGGAAACAAGAUGCCGCUACUCAGUGUAUCGCUCCGUUUCGUUCCAACAAAAACAACAGUCCUGAUUUAUAUUUAUAAUUACAACUGCUCUCUAAUCUGUGUCUGUCUUCAUCAUGAAUCGUGAUUUAACUAAUUUUGUAUUAACAUGCAUUUAUUUUAACAUUUCAUAUACUGAUCUCUAUUACUAUAUUUAUGUAUUAUGUGUCUGGCAAUGUCCAAAGAAGGACUGAUAGAAAUCGAAGGGUCGAGAUUAAUAUUCCAGUCUAUAAUAAGAAAUUCAUAGAUUCUUACUGUUCAUUGCCAGUACGUAUGGAUGCGGGCGAAGCAUUUACAUUAUUAAUAGUCUAUACUUAGACGCGCGUAUCAUCUCUUAUUGAUUUGUAUUCGUUCUUGUUACUUCUUCCAGUGAGAUUGGUACCAUCUUUUAUUUAUAAUCUGAUGUAAUCUUGGAAUCUCUAUUUUAGAAUAUUUAUUUGUUGUACUUCCCUAGUAUAAUUUCAUUAAAAAUCAUUGUUCAAAGAUUUUAACUAAAACAUAGUCGACUUUCUACCAUUUUUUACUUUUAUAACGAACAAAGCAAAUAGUUUUUCCAUUAAAUUAAUACGAAACGUUUAUUCCUCUUACAUACAACCCUUAAUUAUUAUUGCUACUUGUAAAAUUAUUCUUAUUAAUAUACGGUCUAAAUAAAAUGGUACUAAAGUGAAAACAGAAACAUUCGAUUCCUUUCUGAAGUCGUAAAGUAACAAUUCUCGUCGAACAAUUAAACCGAAAUAAACACAAAAGAGAAAUUACGGAAAAGUUCGAACGCUACUCUAUAAAGGUUACCGUGAAACGUCUGUGUUAUAGAAUUUUCUAUUUUGAUUUAUCAAAGGCUGGCUAUUUCCGAACCACGCUCAAUGCCGGCGAAGUUUGUAUGGCGGGAACAAUUUUCCGGCGCCAUUCCGAAAAUGUAUUUAUUUGGAUAGGAAUUCUUUUGAAUGCCGGAUAAAUCAUUCAUUUUAUAAUGUAGAUUGCUGUAUAAUCCUAUUAGACGUAACAUUUAUUUUAAGCAUUCAUGAAAGGUUUUAUAAACACGGCGCGGAUGUGGCGUCGCGUGCUCCAAAACAUUGUAAUUCGCCGCAGCUAGUUCCCACAUAGUCGUAAAUUCGACCACUAACGUGAUUUAACACACUUACCUACAUCAUAAAAACAUGAAAAUAUUUACUUUUCCUUGAAAAGAAGUGCAAAGUAAAACAUUUUUUUGAAUGGUGAGAUUUUUUAGCGCUUUAUGAUGUUUUGAAUUCUGUCCAUGUAGUUAGCUUGUAAUUAUGUUCGCGUUUUCAAAUGAACUUUUAAUCAGCUGCAGCUGCUCUUCCUUUUGAUGCAUCAUCCUCAACUUAUACCUAGAUUCAACGCUCAAAUCUAAGCAAUACUUAAAGUAGUGAAGCACUGUUAUAACUGCACCUAUAAAAUGAUUUCAUAGGUGAUGAUCACUAUUAACGAUGAUUCAGGAACUAGCGAAUAUCGCAUGAACUUGCUCUUUUCCCCAAGGACUUGGUUUUAUAAUUGCAUACGGCUAUUAUCAAAAGGUUUCAUUAAGAUACAAAAAACUUUUCAGAUUUAAUCUUAUCUGAUCUUCUUGAUGCGCAAAGUUCAAACACGAUUUAAAAUAAAUAACAUUUCCCACAAUCUUAAAUUUAAAUUCACUUUGAGUCGCGCAGAGCCUUCCCGUCUAAAUUUGGCACAAGUUCUGGAUUCCCGUCGCAGUACGCUUAUUUAUUUUGAACUCUGUUACUUCUUCCUGCUGAAAGCUAUGAUUUAUUGUUUGUCAGAAAUGUCGUCGUGUUCUUUUAUAAUGUUGGAGAAUUUAAGUUUCAUUCGCUACGUUAUACAGGAACGAUUUCAACUUGUCUAAAUGUUACUGAAGUUAAAACGAUAAAAAACAGCUUUAGGAUUUUGAUUUGAUCUUUAGCUUGUUUUAUUUAACAUCGCAUUUUUGGGCAGAAUAUCGAGCAGGAUAUGAUCCUGAGUAAAAUAUAGGAUAAUGAACAAGGGUUUAUAUCACUUAAUGCUUGGGUGCAUGCUUAAAGUUUUCAUUAGCUUCUUCUAUUGAAAGUAACACUUUCAAAGUAUGUUUCAGCUUUUCAUUCAUGUAAAAUAACGAGUAUUUAAAUAAUUGCAAGUAUUAUAAAUCUAAGAAAUUUAUAAUAUGUAUAAAUAAUGUACACUUGCUGUAAAAUGUAUGUGGCGACAUUACAAUCUGGUGCACAUUUAUUAUACAAGUGAGGUAUUUUUUGUACUUUUGUCACCUUUAACAACAGUUUGCAUCAGAUUGUAAUCGUGUCGACGUUAAAUGUAAUAUUUUUAUAUAAAAAUAAACCUCAAUAGCCGAGCUUUUAUUGUGGAACGUGCACGCAUGAGCGAAUGACCUAAGAAUGCCCACAAUUGUUUAUAGUUCCUUACUUUUCACUAUGCAAUGCCUAUACAAUAGGUAUUAUAGGUACGGGUUCGACGCUGAUACGUGCAUCUUCCACACUACGGCGUUUAUGUAAAUUGCGUUACACCACGAUUCUUCCGUUCAGCCAGACUGACAUAGAUGAUAAAAUGUCUCAUUUACAAACUCUAGGGAUAUGUGAUGGAAUACAAGAAUCAUUCUAUAUUAUAUUUUAACCAAAACUUCUGAGAAAAUGCUUGUAAUUGUUUUCGAUAUUGAUACAGAACUAUUAAUCAUUAUAUUAUAAUCAUAGAUUCAACAACUUGGCUACAGUCAGUUAAUACGAUCUGAUUCGCGAAACAUUGAAAGGCGAUAAGCUGACGCUACGACCAGCCUUCAUAUUAGAACUUUACAGAAACUCGAAACUUACUGAUCACUGCUCUAACCGUCACUGAACAUUUCUGGCAGUUCGCUUAUCUGACUGUCCACCGAGUUCUCUAGUCGCUGGCUGUGCCGAUUAGGCAAAAUUUCAAUUAUUCUCUGUUUAAAUACUUGUACAAGAGUUGGACUACCAUGCCACAGUAGAGUAAAAGGUUUUUAUUUAAGCAUCGAGUACCUAUAUGAGUAUAUAGUAAUAUUUCCAUCGCAUAUCCCAAGCAACGUCCUACAUAUAAAUACAUAGUAUAAUAUCGGCACGUGUAUUAUAAACGACUCACACUUAGCCUUACACUCAGAUGUAAUAUAAAGAGGAUAAAUAUAAAUAAGAAAAUU